GUUUGCCACUAACGUCGACCUGCGAAUGCGUUUUCAAUUUCGUCGGUUCUUUGUUGCAGGAAGGGUUUGAUAACGGGGAUGCAUAUGUCAUUUUGCAAGAAUGAACCUUUAUUUUGAAGCUUCGAAAACUCUUGACGGUCUAGAUGCAAGAAUAGGGUCGAUCAAAGGAGUUCUUGCUACGUUGCCUGAGAAGGACCGCAAGAGGAUCUCCGCCUUGGUUAUUGAGACACUGAAAUACAAAGCUGUACUAACGCAAGUGAUAAAUGAGACGAAUCUUUUAAAGGACGAAAGAAAGAAGAUAACCUCUAUGAAUCUCGCUCUGGUUCUUGUUCAUGACAUUUUACUUGCGGGUGGUAUUCAGGCUGGCGACGGCCCCAUCAAGCAAGCUAUUCUACGCCACAAGACACGUCUAAAUGGCGAAUUCCAAAGAAUAAAAAUCAAGCGUGGCGCAAGAUCGAACCUUGAAUUAGCCCACAAUGGGGACGACCGAGCAGCGCAAAUACCACGUUACGUGAGGGUCAAUACCCUGAUUUGGACGUCGGAUCACGCCAUGGACGCGUUCAUCUCCAAUGGCUAUAACCUCAUGGAUCCUUUUACAUCCAGUCGGGGCUUUGCUAAGGAUGAGCAUAUCCCGAAUCUUCUCCUGUUUUCACCCCAAACCACAUUCCAUGACGACCCUGUUUACAAGUCUGGGAAGAUCAUUCUCCAAGACAAGGCAUCCUGUUUUCCGGCCGUUGUUCUCUCUCCACCCUCAAGAGAAGACGUCUAUGUAAUCGAUGCAACGGCCGCGCCGGGCAACAAGACUUCUCAUCUCAGCGCGAUCAUGGGCAACAAAGGGAAGCUGUUUGCGUUCGAACGGGACCGAAAACGAUUCAAAACGCUCCAAAUGAUGUUAUCCAAAGCGGGUUGUCAGAAUGUCGAGGCUCUGAACCUCGACUUUCUUACAGUGGAUCCUCAAGAUGCAGCAUAUCGCAAGGUCACGCACAUUCUUCUAGAUCCCUCAUGUAGCGGCUCUGGUAUAGUUAACCGCCUUGAUCACCUCUUAGAGACAGAGGAGGAAAGCAAGUCCGAGAAAGACGAACGUCUGACAAAACUGGCCGCUUUUCAACUCGUGAUGAUUAAGCACGCAAUGAAAUUUCCCGCAGUCAAGAGAAUUGUCUACUCGACCUGUAGUGUCCACGCGAUGGAGAAUGAGCACGUUGUUCGUGAUGCUUUAAAAUCGGAAGAGGCUGAAAGCAGCGGAUUUAAAUUAGAGUCUCUAGAAAAUGUUCUUCCGCAGUGGAAGCGCAGAGGCCUUCCGGAUGAGAUGGACAAUCCUGGCGACGCUGCUUCAUUGAUACGCUGCAGCCCUGGUGGUGAUGCUACAAACGGGUUCUUUGUCUCUUGUUUUGUUCGGCGUGACAGGAACACUACCAACGACCAGAAACGAAGAUCAGACGAAGAGCUCAGUGCUGUACCACGGAAGAAAAAGAAGAAAAAGAAUCAUAAUAGCUAACACAUUUGUACCUCUGAAUCGAUCGCACGCAUUUUGUAAAGGACAUAU